AUGAUACGACAUUUAUGGUUAUUUCUAUUCAUUAAACAUGUUUAUUCUAACUUUACUCCAUGUAAUGGAAAAUCACCACUUGGUGGCACAUGUGAUUGGAAUAUUGAUUGCGAGAAUAAAGGAUCAAUAUGUUUACGAGGACGUUGUAGAUGUCAUCCACAUUAUACUGAAAUUAUAGAUGAGAAAAGAGGUGGUAAUCCAUAUUGUAAACGAUUACCAGCAAAAGUUGGCCAAAUGUGUACCACUAAAUGUCGUGAGCCAUUAUUUUGCCGUAGUGGACAAUGUCAAUGUGUUCAACGUGGUACAACAACAUUAAUUAAUGGUCAAUGCAUAUCAAUGAGCCGAGUGGGUGAUCGUUGCACGCGACAUUACGACUGUUCUGCACCUUUUUCGGCAUGCUUGAAUUCGCAAUGUGUAUGCAUUAGUGGUACCAUACAGCAAGGCUCACAAUGUAUAGCAAAAUCAGCUUGUCCACUUGGUGGUAUUCCUGGUAAUGCAUGCAUUCGUAAAGCAAAUCAACAUAUGGUAGAAAAUUUUGUCGAUGGGGCUGAUGAUUGUCCACCUGGACAGAUAUGUGUAACUAUUGGUGAAUCACCAAUGGGACAUUGUUGUCCAAAAGUAUGUCCACUUGGAACAUUACCAGAAUAUAAUUAUUCUUGUGAUCCUACUUCAAAUAUUCGUUGUCCAUCUGAUACACAUUUUUGCCAUCGUAUUUCAGAUGGUGGAUUUUCCCAAUCAUUAUGCUGUCGUCGGCCAUGUAAUGCUAUGGCACCUAAAGCAUUGUAUAUUAAUGGUACAUGCAUGGCACGCGGGCAACUUAACUCACAAUGUACUGCAAAUGAACAAUGUGGUGGUGGUGAAGGUAUGAUAUGCAAUAGAGGACAAUGUGAAUGCUUAGCUGGAUUUCAUCCACUUGUCGAUCCAGUAACGCAUCCAUUGCGUAAUCCAAGUCAAACCUGUACACGAGACUGUGAAUCUGAGGCACUUUCCAGAGAUACAACCUGCCUAAAGCCAGUAGCACUUCAAGGUCAUUGUUUCAUCCAAAAACAAUGCCCAAUAAAUUCCGGAUGUUAUAGGGGUCGAUGUCAGUGUAAGUGUGGCUUUAAACAAGAGAAACAACGAUGUGUUGAGUUACCUCCAUCACCAACGACAACAAGACAACCAUCCGUGAUAGUACCUGGUACUGUAAUCGUACCUGGUGGCGAUUUCUUAAGCCUCAUUGGGAAUUUUUUUGGUAGAACGGGAGCGCGAAAUGCUAUCGGCAGAUAA